UUCUCCUUAUCGGCCAAUUCAUUCCACUGCAAAGUUGGGAAAGUUAAUGAUUCUUUUGACUUUAAGACUGAAUUCCAUCUCCGCCAUCUGCCACGACCUCUACAGCUGGGACCUAACGCCACGCGCACAGUCUGUCAGCAUGUCAGAGGACGGUGUGUGGUUCGAAGGGAUCCGUUUCCCGAAUAGGUACCAAACUGAAAAUUUAAGAACAGCAUGUGAGAAGUUUGUGAUGAAGGAUGAAGACACAGUAAUCGUGUCUUACCCCAAAUCAGGAACCCUAUGGUUGAUUGAAAUUCUCUGCCUGAUUCACUCACGCGGGGACCCCAAGUGGGUUCAAUCAGUGCCCUUCUGGAAGCGCUCACCCUGGAUAGAGAUAAAGUACGCUGAGCAGUUAGAGAGAGACUCGGAGGACCCGCGCUUCUUCACCUCCCACCUUCCUUUCCACCUCUUCCCCAAGUCCUUCUUCACUUCCAAGGGCAAGGUGAUUUAUAUCAUCAGAAAUCCCAGAGAUGCUCUUGUGUCUGGCUAUUUUUUCUGGAGCAGGACAAACUUUGUUAAGAGUCCAGACUCACUGGAACAGUUCUUUGAACAGUUCAUCCAAGGAAAUGUGCCCUAUGGAUCAUGGUUUGAGCACAUUCGUGGCUGGAUGUCCGUGAGACACAGGGAGAACGUCCUGCUGCUGAGUUAUGAGGAACUGCAGAAGAACCCAAGAAGCACCAUAGAGAGGAUCUGUCAGUUCCUGGGGAAGAAGCUGAGUCCAGAAGAACUGGACUCCGUCCUCAAGAACAGCUCCUUCCAAGUCAUGAAACAAAACAAGAUGUCCAACUUUGCUGUCCUUCCUGAGGAGCUCAUGAACACCGGGUUCUUAGUUACAAGAAAAGGCACCUGUGGGGACUGGAAGAAUCACUUCACGGUGGCCCAAGCCGAAGCCUUUGAUAAGCUGUACCAGGAGAAGAUGAAAGGUUUUCCUGGGGGGCUGUUCCCCUGGGAAUAAUGUCUGAAACUUCCGGAUCUCACCUGGUUCCCUGCUUCAUCUCCUGUCCCUGCACCUGUACCUCAUGGGGGUUCGUGGCAUAAAUCCUAUGGCUCGAGUUAUCAAAUUAAAGAGGUGGAAACUCACAGCCCUCCAGGGAAAAAGGAAACUGGGGACUCUGAACCCUCACAUUGUCCCUUAUCUAUCAUCCUUCCUCUGGUUGCUCAAGGACUCCCUCCUGCUGCAGCUAAAAAAUCUCCUGCUAUGACUCAGCCCACAUCCCCCUGCCCACCCAAAGCCCAUCAAGAGUAGCUACCUCCUCCCAAAGACCUGACUCUGCUAAAACCCUAUAGACCCACAGCCUCGUUGUGGCUGCCGCGCUUCCCCUUGAAAAUGUCCCUGGCCGCCAAGGUCACCUCCAUUUCUUUUUCUUUGUGUAUUCUCUUUCGUUGUGCUUUCACAGAACUUUGCUUCUUUAACCACCUGCUUGUUCAAAGGUACCAGGUUCCCUAUUCACCUCCUGGCACACUCGGGUUUUUAAAAACUCUUUGUGAUAUUACAAAUGUCCAGAAGGCUACAGAAAACUAGAAAUCUUA